AAAAUGGCGUCAGAGGUUGACGCUGGCGGAACGCUGACACUAAAAGGGACGCCUCUUGCCGAACUGCGGGUUACUGAUUUAAAGCGGGAGCUUGAACACAGGGGCCUUUCUAAAAGUGGCAGCAAAAUACAGCUGAUAGAAAGAUUGAAAGCACAACUGUUGCUGGAAAAACUACAGCAAGAGGCAGCACAGUCGUCUGGAGAUGAACAUGAAGGAAAAGCUCCAAACAUUGCGCUUCAGCAAGACGAUAAAGCAGGACAAAGUGAAUUUGUCCGCCAGUACUUGCAACAGCAGCAGAGAAAUCUAGAAAUUCAGAUGGAGGUGAAGAAGCAGUUUGAAGAAGAGAGAAAGAGAAGAUCGGCGGACGAGUCGUCGGCUGACGACGAUCCCAGACCCACUAAUGUUGCAGACGAUAACCCGGAACUGACGUCACUGAAGCAGUUCAAGGACGAUACAAGUAACGCACCUGCGAAAGAGGCAUCGAAAAUGCCUAGGCCGACUAGGAAAAGUAAUCGGAAUUCCUUGAAAGGGGAAAGUGGUCCAGUGGCAGACCAAGGCAGGAACAGACCAGAAUCUCCUAAACCAGAGAAAGAAAGGCAGAGAAAGAGAUCAAGCUCAUCACUAAGUUCUCGUUCUCCUUCACCUGAUCAGUCUUCUCAAAACCGGAGAGGACGUCCAGCCAGAGCAGCAGCUAGGAAGGUCGAGCGGAGCCGUUCCUCAUCAUCAUCAUCCACAGAAGAAGAGAGCCUAAAAAAGAAGCAGAGAUCCAGAAACAACUCUAGCUCAGACUCUGGCUCCAGGUCACCAAAUACCGCUUCCUCCAGGAUGCCUGCCCAGAAGCCACGUAAAAGGUCUGAUGCUGACCAAGCAGCAGAGAAUGACAUACCAUGUGAUGGUAGUGGAGAUAAAUCAGUGGGAAAGAAUGAGAAUGCUGAUAAGGUUAUGGCUGCAAGUUCUAGGAAGAAGUGGAGGAAAAAACAGCCACUAGCUCCAGCCACAGUUGAGUUUACAAAUCCACGUGAGAGGAAAGACUCUGCUACAGCAGAUGACACAAAGGAAAGACAAAGCCCCCAUGAAGAUAACACCAACAGCAAAGAAAAGUCAGAUCAGUUGGUGGAAGAAGAAGAUGUACGAGAAGUGGUUGCUGAAUCAGGAUUGUCUAUCGCUGUAGCAAGUCUACCUGCUGAGAAGUCUGCUACCUUAUCUGGGAAGGCUCAGGAAGCUGCUAGUAGCUUAGUAAAAAGUAAAUUGAUUUCUGAAGAAAACAGUCAAGAAGAGGAUAAAAGAAUUGUAGAAACUGCUUCAGCUAAAGGUCCACCUAAGUCAUCAAGAAGGCAGCGCAGUAGGUCCUCUUCAUCUGAUUCGUCAUCCGCAGGGUCUAGAUCCAGGUCACCCACAAGGAAGAAAGGAGAAAGUUCUAGUUCAUCCAGCUCUGGCAGUCAGACACGUUCCAGCGGCAGUUCUUCAGAUAGCAGCCGGGAUGGCUCCCAUAAAAAGGAGUCUAAAACUAAUGGCCAGGCACAGACUUCAGACAGGAAGGUGUCAUUAACCCAGCAGAAAGGAGAUGAAGCUGAAGAGAUGAAGGUUGAAGUUACCAGUAAAUCUCCCACAACAAGCAAGGCUGGUCGUACAGAAGGAGAUUAUAAACCAUCCUCAGUUCAGACAUCACUGUCAUGUGAACCCAAGUCAGAGGGCCAGGAAGAGAAAGUGAAUAAUCUGCAUAAGCUGUGUCCUGGAGGCUGA